AAUGUCCGACGACUGUUCCUACGCCUACAUUUGGAGCAGUUAUUGCAGGAAGUAAUGAUGUGUUCAGCUCCAGGCAAUAUAUCUGCAAUCCUGGAUAUCAACUGCAAGGUAGUUCGCAUACAAUUUGUCUCUCAACUGGUGCAUGGUCAGGUCCAACACCUAUAUGCAAACCCAUAGCAACGCAAUGUCCUGCCAAUCCACCGUCUCCGGUAAAUGGGGUCGUAUCUGUUGGCGGUCGAAAUGCUUUCACGAUCAGAACCUACUCCUGUAACACCGGAUAUCAACUGUCUGGAGCCACAACAACUGUGUGUCAAACAACUGGAGCAUGGUCUGGAACACCACCAACAUGCACUCGUGUUUUGUGUAGAAGUCAAGUGGCUCCUUCUAAUGGAGCUAUUGCUAGUAUGUCCUUGGAGAUUAAUGGUGCAACAAUUUUCACAUGCAAUCCGGGAUACAAUGUAUCCGGCAGCAGUGCAUCUGUUUGUCUUCCCACUGGAACAUGGUCGACUUCACCACCAACGUGCCAGCGAGUGUUGUGCCCUGACCUCUCUGCACUUGCAAACGGAGCAAUAUCCGCUGGUAACAACGAGGUGUUCACCGUGCGACGAUUCACAUGUAAUGCAGGGUUCAAUCUUGUAGGUAAUCCAGCAACAGUGUGCUUGCAAACGGGAAGUUGGUCCGAUGGUACACCUCAUUGUAUUGAGAAACCAACCACGUGCCCGAAAUUGCUAGCGCCAGCCAAUGGAUUUAUUGAUAACGGGAGCCUAGAUGUUGGGUCCGCCCGUGAAUAUUCAUGUGCUGCCGGUUACAUGACAGAGGAUUUACUACAGACGGCUUGCUUGAAAAACGGACGUUGGUCUCAACCGGUUCCAGCCUGCUAUAGAGGACCCACCACAGGUGCACAAACAACAACAUGUUCAACAUCUUCUAAUGUCAUUGCAGGAGCAAUCGGCUUUUUUAUUGGCUUGUUAAUUCCUGGUAGCUUUGUUCUAGUUCACCUUUUCCGCUCGCGACGCGGGAGUAAGAGAAUCACGAUGACAGACAACAUCGGCCAGCCACCGACCAUUUUCAGGAACCAAUUGACCAAGAGUCAAGCAUAUGGAAUGGACCUGACCACGAUUGAGCCGACCCAAGAGCCAGAGUAUGAAGCGGUAGAGCAAACCUAAUCUCCUGUUACUCUCUUCUAUCACUUUUUUUGCGUUUGGAACACAGCGUGCCAAACAAUUUUUGCACUUUCCUCAUCCCUAACGUUAGCCUAUUGACAUAGUGCAAAGCCCAAACCCGCAGAAAAGGCACAGAGUGAACUUAUCACAAAAUUCUAAAUGAUUCUUUCAAUGGCGUUCUAUUUUAUACGUAUAAUGCACGUUUUGGGAGUCUUAUUUUAUCAGAUAGCAUGAGAACAUCAACAUCUUUUAAAAAUUAUUUUGGUAUCGUUCAAUGUCUCCAUUGCUUUUAUCCAAUUUGUUCACAGUUAACAAACUUCGAAUUUUGUUAUGCCCACCAUGUUUGUACCCAUUGUUCAAAAUUCCUUACCUCAUGCUUUGGGCCAUUAAAUACGCCAGCGGUUGAAGGAUCUGUUAGACCCAUCGCAGGGUUGAAAGCUCCUUUCCACGCAGUUCAGCUAGCUCCUUUGAUUCAGCUUUGAUCAAAGGGAUGUGCAUAUUCUUGCAUCUACUCAGAGCACUUUGAGAACAAUUUUUGGGCAAUUAUCUUGUUCCUUCAAGUGUUUAUUCCAUUUUUUAUAUCAGGGCAAUAAAGGAUACAGUAUUAUUGAUUAUUGUUGUCAACAUGCCAUUUCGUUCAAUGUGUAUGUGGCUUUUUUCCUUUGAUUUAACCACAUGGUAUUAUGAAUAGUCACCACCACUACGCAAAGGUCGUUUAACCACAUUGCUUGAUACCAUUCGAUGAUUGUUUGAGUAUACACACUUUCACAUGCUACACACAACACAAUUCUAACUCGAAUCUGA